AUGCUUCCUACCGUUGCCCUAACGGCCCUGGCCCUCCUGCCCGCUGUGCAUGGAGCCCCUUCAUCCUCGGCUUCCUUGCAUGGCGUCUAUAAACGCUGCGGCGCCAUUUCCCAGUACUACGGCCAGCAUCAGGCGGACUGGGAUACCUACGAUACGCAGGGCUGGCUGGACAGCUGGUGGACCAACAAUACCGCGCUGAUGCACAACAACUCCGUCGGGUUCGCCGGCGCCUUCGGUCAGUGGGCCAUGGGCAACCCGGACUGGUCAUGCCAGGACGACGGCUCCAGCACGGACUGCGACCUGAACCUGUGUGACAACCGCGUGCUGAACAGCCGCGGUAAAGACAUCCGCCCGGCAUACUAUGUGCUUGAGUCUGUCAACCGUCUGCACACCUACUUCGGUGGCGUCCGCGAGGCCUUCGAUACCGCCGGUUUGGGCGCGGCCCUCUCUAAGGACCAGUGGGCGACCACCUUCUACGAGGCACCGGACCAACGGAGUGUGAAUAUCCUCAAGGAGGUGCUCGCCGCCCUCGGCACUAUUAUUGGAAUCGGCGCUUCCUUUGCAGGAGUCGGCCUUCCCUUGCUAGGCGUGUCUGAGGCUACCUCGGCUGUGGCCGGUGCAUGGGCCGGAGCCGGCGCGGCGGCCUAUGGCGGCGGCGUCACUGCGGCUAAUAUUAUGAUCGGACCCCACGCGGACGACACCUUCCAGAAAUCCGCCGACCUGGGCGGCAUCCUAGGCGAGAUCGUCGUCGACUCCAUCAAGUCGUUCACUUCCGCCAACAACCAGCUCGUGGGCGGCCAGGAAUACAACAAUGAGGACAUCCGCAGCUACCUCUCACACGGUGCCUUCCUCGAGUUCCAGGGCGUCGACAAGAACGCCGUCACCGAUUCCAUGACCGCCAUGCUCGUCGGCACCUCCAUUAACCAGCUGUACCGCGCCCAGAAGGUCUUCAUCCUGGGGGGUGGUUCCUGCGACGACAACGAGGGUAUUGGGUCCGGUCCCCAGGACGCUAAAAUCUGCCGUGACGGCAAGGCCUGGUACCUGUACUACUGGCAGGAGGACGAUGUCCUCUCGAUAACCUCGCACCAGUGGGGAUGGGUCAUCUCGCCUCCUGGAGUGUCCCAGCUGGGACAGAAUGAAUUCAGCGAUAUCCCUCUUAACGUUUCGGAUAUCAUCAACUCCUCCCUCGACGCCUUCAACGUCGCCGGUUACAACUACACCACUGCUACCGCCCAAUCCCGCGCCGAGGACGCCAUCACCAAAGGCUGGGCCAUCCCGGGCGCUUAUGGCGCCGCUUGGGAGGGUAUCUUCACCGUCCCUGUUUGCGACGUCAGCGCUGCCAUCAGCUCAAGCUUCGAACUCAAGCAGUUCAUCCUGCAGCCCUACGGCCAUGACAGCCGUCCCUGCUGGUGUGGACCGAUCUGCAGUGGUGAUUUGCAGAAGACUAAGGCCUUUAUUGACGCUGCCAAUAUGGGUGGCUUCGACAGUCCUAAGCACUUGUGUAACUCGGACCCUGGGUACUAA